AUGGUGAAAGUUCUCUUGACUGGCGGUAGCGGCUUUAUCGCCGCCCACAUAGUUGAUAUUCUAAUACAGCAUGGCUUCGAUACUGUGUUCACGGUCCGCUCGGCUGACAAAGGCAAGCGAAUCCUUGACAACCACCCGGAUACGCCCAAGGAGAAGCUCUCCUAUGUGAUUGUUAAAGACGUAGCUCAAGAUGGAGCAUUCGACGAGGCUGUCAAGUCCGACCCUCCAUUCGACUAUGUCCUUCACACCGCAUCCCCUUUCCAUUUCAAUGUUCAGGAUCCUGUGAAAGACUUCCUAGAUCCUGCGAUCAAGGGAACUACCGGCAUACUGAAGGCAAUUAAGGCCCAUGCUCCUACCGUAAAGCGAGUUGUUGUCACUUCAUCAUUUGCUGCCAUUGUGAAUCCCAAACAACACCCGAAGGUCUAUAGUGAGAAGGAAUGGAACCCAGUCACCUGGCAGGAGGCACUCGAUCAUUCUAAUGUCUACCGGGCCAGCAAGACCUUCGCCGAGAAGGCCGCCUGGGAAUUUGUUGAGAAGGAGAAGCCGAACUUCGACAUUGCUACUAUCAACCCUCCACUAGUGUUUGGCCCGAUCGUUCAUUACCUGAACUCCCUCGAGGCCAUCAACACUUCCAACCAGCGAUUCCGGAACCUCAUCCAGGGCCAGAUGAAGGAACAGCUUCCUCCGACGGGGAUAUUCAUCUAUGUUGAUGUUCGCGAUGUGGCGCUUGCACAUGUCAGGGCCAUUGAAGUCCCUGAGGCUGGUGGCCAGAGAUUCUUUGUCACUGCUGGGUACUUUACGAAUAAGGAAAUUGUAGAUAUUGCCCGGAAGACCCAUCCAGAAUUGGAAUCCAAACUUCCUGCCAAAGAUUCGCCGAGUGACUUACCGUCGGACAUUUACAAGAUUGACAACAGCAGGUCAAAGGAUGUUCUGGGAAUCAAGUAUAGGCCCUUCGAGGAGACUGUCUCUGACACAAUCAGCUCUUUGCAGGAAGUUGGUGCUUAA